AUGUUUGAGGCUCGCUUGGUACAGGGAUCCAUCCUGAAGAAGGUUUUGGAGGCUCUGAAGGACCUGAUCACAGAGGCCUGUUGGGACGUUAGCUCGUCGGGUAUCUCUCUCCAGAGUAUGGACUCGUCCCACGUCUCCCUAGUUCAGCUCACCCUCCGCAGCGACGGGUUCGACUCCUACCGUUGUGACCGCAACCUCGCCAUGGGAGUCAAUCUUAGCAGGUGAGGAACUGAAUGAAUAUUUAUUUUAUUUAACUAGGCAAUAUGACAGCAUGAUUGUUAAGGUUAGUUACUUAGCCAGAGAACAAUAACGUCGUUAGUUUAGCAGGAAUGUAACUAGUUUAAGAUGUUUAUAUUGUGUCGAUAGUAAGCUAAGUUAACCAUGUUCUUUUGUUGGCAUGGCUUGAGUUACAAGCAAUGUGUCCUGUCGUUCUACUUUUUACUGUGGUGAGGACAUUUUAGACGUUCAUACAUCUUUUGCAACGCCUCAAAUGUGUCAUUUUCAAAAGUUACAAGUUUGUACAGUAUUUUUUUCCCCCAUGGAAAACUGAAACAUCGACCGGUUGAGUGCAACUUGCAUGUCAAAAAACCGCCUUUUGAAAAUGACAUGUGACGUCACUUGCGCGCCAAAUCACUGCCUUGUUUGGAUGAUGGUUGGCGGGAAUGUUGCGAACCCGCCAAGUUCAGCAGACGUCAGUCACUUAGUGUUCUGAAGUUGGCUAUUUGCUAAAUAGAACAAACGAUCACGUUUACCAACUAUAUGAAAUCACUUGUACAUUUUCAUAAAUGCUUCUGUAUAACUUAACAUCUAACUUGUAGCAUAGCUUUUAGACAAUGGUGCUCCGUGCAGUGUCAUGACCUAGCCAAUGUUGCAUUUGAAUGACAUACACAGGCUAUGAAAAGAGCAGAGUUCAAUUACAUUAAAAUAUUGGCGUAAAACAACAUUAAAUCAAUUUUCACCUUUUACAGUGCUUUGGCAAUUUUAAGAAUGUUUUUGUUGAGUGAAAUGAUGGCAUAUCAUCUUUCGGGACAGACCUGAUUAUGGUGACAACUUUGUAUACUGAUCACUCAAGGGAUUCAUUGUUUUUAAACCAUUCCCGUAACAGUAUGUCAGGUACUGACUGGUCUAUCACCUUCUCCCUCCUAGUAUGUCAAAGAUCCUGAAGUGUGCUGGGAAUGAGGACAUCAUCACGCUCAGAGCAGAGGACAACGCAGACACACUCUCCCUAGUCUUCGAGACACUCAGUGAGUACCUUUAUCCAUCAAGCAAUAUCUCUACUCUUACGGUAGGGAUAUUUCAUUUUGCAGAUAGAUAGAUCCAUCUAUCUGUUGAGAUUUAUACCUGUAGUAGUAAGACUUGAAUUCUCAGGAACCAUGAUAAACCACUGCAAUCAUAUAUGCUUGAUGUCUAAUUAUAUAUGUUCUCUCUCAGACCAGGAGAAGGUGUCAGACUAUGAGAUGAAGCUGAUGGAUCUCGACGUAGAACAGUUGGGAAUCCCAGUAAGUGUUCCCCCAACAUUCCAUUAAGUAAUGGUUAUAAACACAUGUUUUUAGAAGGUGCCAUUUGAAUCAUACUUGUGGCAGUAGCAUUUGUCACUUGUCACCAGACCACACCACCCUGGUAGCCAUGUUCUCACCCCUCUCAACUCACUCUCCAGGAGCAGGAGUAUAGUUGUGUGGUAAAGAUGCCAUCGGGGGAGUUUGCCCGUAUCUGCCGUGACCUGUCUCAGAUUGGUGACGCCGUCAUGAUCUCCUGCGCCAAGGACGGCGUUAAGUUCUCGGCCACGGGAGAGCUGGGCACUGGCAACGUCAAACUGUCCCAGACCAGCAACGUGGACAAAGAGGAGGAAGCGGUAAGUAUGUGGGAGGAGACAUGCUGUGUGUCCCAAAUGAUACCCUAGUCCCUAUAUAGUGCACUAUAUAACUUCAUCCCAAGGGUGAAAUGUGGGGGGAUGAGGUGGGAGAAACUGCACAUCAGAUGGACAAUGGCCAUUCUGGUUGACAUGUUCACCAGCUCAGUGAAUAUUGUGCUUUUAGUCAUUUAGCAGACGCUCUUAUCCAGAGCAACCUACAGUUAGUGAGUGCAUACAUUUUCAUACUGGCCCCCCCGUGGGAAUCGAACCCACAACCCUGGCAUUGCAAACGCCAUGCUCUACCAACUGAGCUACACAGGGCCUCUUGGAUGACAAAGAUGUAUUGGUUUUGUUUGUGCUCACUGGAGGCUUCGAUAUUGAAUUAAAUAUCUUCUCUCCCCCUCCUUUCUUCCUCUUAGGUGAGUAUUGAGAUGAACGAGCCAGUCCAGCUGAUCUUCGCUCUCAACUACCUUAACUUCUUCACCAAGGCCACACCCCUCUCCAAGACAGUCAUCCUCAGCAUGUCUGCAGACAUCCCCCUGGGUAGGUAACCUCCUCCUGCCCUCUAACCCUAACCUCUACCCCCUCCUCCUGCCCUCUAACCCUAACCUCUACCUCCUGCCCUCUAACCCUAACCUCUACCCCCUGCACCUGCCCUCUAACCCUAACCUCUACCUCCUGCCCUCUAACCCUAACCUCUACCUCCUGCCCUCUAACCCUAACCUCUACCUCCUGCCCUCUAACCCUAACCUCUACCUCCUGCCCUCUAACCCUAACCUCUACCUCCUGCCCUCUAACCCUAACCUCUACCUCCUGCCCUCUAACCCUAACCUCUACCCCCUGCACCUGCCCUCUAACCCUAACCUCUACCUCCUGCCCUCUAACCCUAACCUCUACCCCCUGCACCUGCCCUCUACCUCCUGCCCUCUAACCCUAACCUCUACCACCUGCCCUCUAACCCUAACCUCUACCUCCUGCCCUCUAACCCUAACCUCUACCUCCUGCCCUCUAACCCUAACCUCUACCCCAUACACACAUCCUAUUAGGUGCUGUUUUCUGAUGUCUGACUAAUCUUUUCUUUGACAGUGGUGGAGUACAAGAUAGCUGACAUGGGCCACGUCAAGUACUACCUGGCACCCAAGAUUGACGAGGAGGCUUCCUAA